CUGCUGAGAAGUCCCAGAGCAGCGCGUUAAACUUUGAAUAUGAGAACCUCCAUUCCUCUCCUCGCGCUAAUCACCCUGCUCGGUGCGCAUGCGCUGCACGGCCUCCAGGUGACGUCGCGUCCAGGACCGCGUCACGGACUGGACCCGCAGCUCCGGGAGGAGGUCUUCACCCAGACCCUAGACCACUUCAACUUCCACAGCUUUGGGAACGGGACCUUCAACCAGCGGUACCUGAUCUCAGACCGGUUCUGGACCCGUGGUUCUGGUCCGGUCUUCUUCUACACGGGCAACGAGGGCGACGUCUGGAGCUUUGCCUCCAACUGCGGCUUCAUCACCGAGCUGGCCGCCGAGAUGGGAGCGCUGCUGGUCUACGGGGAGCACGGGGACCCUCUGGCUCCAACAGGGACCCUCUGGCUCCAACAGGGGACCCUCACUGUGGAGCAGGCGCUGGCCGACUACGCCGUGAUGAUCAGGGAGCUGAGGCUGGAGGCCCCCGGGAGCCCCGUGGUCGUGUUCGGAGGAAGCUAUGGCGGGAUGCUGGCGGCCUACAUGAGGAUGAAGUACCCCAACAUGGUGGCAGGAGCUCUGGCGGCCAGCGCCCCCAUGCUGUCCACCGCCGGGCUGGGAGACCCCGCGCAGUUCUUCAGAGACGUCACCGCUGACUUUGAGGGCGUGUCCUCUGACUGCAGAGACGCUGUGAGAGGAGCCUUCCAUCAGCUGGCUGAACUCGCCCAACAGCAAGACUACGCCCUCAUCCAGUCGUCCUUCUCGCUGUGCCAGCCUCCGUCUUCCUCUCAGGACGUGCGGCAGCUCAACGGGCUGCUGAGGAACGCCUUCACCCUGAUGGCCAUGAUGGACUACCCCUACAGCACGGCCUUCAUGGGCGCCAUGCCCGCCAACCCCGUCAAGGUGGCCUGUGACGCCAUGCUGAGUGGACCGGACCUGCUCUCCAGCCUCCGGAGCGCCGCAGGCAUCGUGUACAACUCCUCUGGGCUGCUGACCUGCUUCGACCUCUACGGCCUGUUCGUGGAGUGUGCCGACCCCACGGGAUGCGGCCCGGGUCCGGACGGCGUGGCCUGGGACUACCAGGCGUGCACCGAGGUCGCUCUGUGCUACGAGAGCAACAACGUGACGGACAUGUUCCCCCCCAUGAGCUUCACCCCGGAGGACCGCCGCCGCUACUGCGCCCGGCGCUGGGGGGUGGUCCCCCGGCCCGCCUGGCUCGGGACCCAGUUCUGGGGCGACGAACUCUCCUCAGCCAGCAACAUCAUCUUCUCCAAUGGAGACCUGGACCCAUGGGCCAACGGAGGGGUGAGGAGGUCUCUGAGCUCCUCUCUGGUGGCCCUCAACAUCUCUGGAGGAGCUCAUCACCUGGACCUGAGAGGAUCCAAUGAAGCUGAUCCAGAGUCAGUCAUCAGAGCCCGGAGGACAGAAGCAGAGCUCAUCGCCCAGUGGGUGAAGACGGAGAGGACCAGACUACAGGGGGCCCUGUAGGGGGUCUGGACCUGGACCAGACUACAGGGGGCCCUGUAGAGGGUCUGGACCUGGACCAGACUACAGGGGGCCCUGUAGGGGACCUGGACCAGACUACAGGGGGCCCUGUAGGGGGUCUGGACCUGGACCAGACUACAGGGGGCCCUGUAGAGGGUCUGGACCUGGACCAGACUACAGGGGGCCCUGUAGGGGACCUGGACCAGACUACAGGGGGCCCUGUAGGGGGUCUGGACCUGGACCAGACUACAGGGGGCCCUGUAUGGGUCUGGACCUGGACCAGACUACAGGGGGCCCUGUAUGGGUCUGGACCUGGACCAGACUACAGGGGACCCUGUAGGGGGUCUGGACCAGACUACAGGGGGCGCUGUAGGGGGUCUGGACCUGGACCAGACUACAGGGGGCCCUGUAUGGGUCUGGACCUGGACCAGACUACAGGUGGUGCUGUAGAGGGUCUGGACCAGACUACAGGGGACCCUGUAGGGGGUCUGGACCAGACUACAGGGGGCCCUGUAGAGGACCUGGACACAGGAGGACUCCCUCGGUCCCGUCUGUCUCUGAGAAAGGAUCCGACACAUGUUUGUCUCUGGAACAGAAGCUCAAUAAUCGACACAGUUUUUCAGUUUAAUAAAAUCUCUUUAAUGUUUACAA